GCACAAGUGCAAGAGCUCAUCUGAUGGUGUGUGACGAUUCAUUCUUGCCCAAAGAUUUCGAAAUAGGUAAUCGACAGAUAAGUUUAGGAAACAUAUUUAUUCGAUGCUUCCUCUCUCGACGAAACCACAUCGUUUAAGCUACAAAACAACUGUGACAAGUGUAAUGUGGAACAUAUCUCACAAAUUAGUCAUCAGCUGCGUUAAUUAAUGAUGGCCGAACAUCUUCGUAAGGAUAAUUGAAGUGACCAAGGUGUAUUUGUUAGAAUGGGUGCGGGAAAAAGUCAGUUUACGGAGGAGGAGCUGCAGGACUAUCAGGAUUUAACAUACUUCACUAAAAAGGAAGUUCUAUAUGCACAUCAGAAAUUCAAGGCACUCGCCCCGGAGAAAGUUGGGCAUAACAAAAACGCAAAGCUGCCAAUGUCUAAGAUCUUGCAGUAUCCCGAAUUGAGAGUGAAUCCUUUUGGCGACAGGAUCUGCAAGGUCUUUAGUUCCAGUCAGGACGGCGAUUGUACCUUUGAAGAUUUCCUGGACAUGAUGUCUGUAUUCAGUGACGCUGCUCCAAAGGCCGUGAAGGCCGAACAUGCGUUUAGGAUAUUUGAUUUUGAUGGUGACGACAUGCUCGGUGUGGGAGACUUGCGGCAGGUGGUCGACCGAUUAACCGCACCCCAGAGAUUGAACGACAGCGACAUGCAGCAGCUUCUUCAGUAUAUUCUUGAUGAGGCUGAUCUGGAUGACGAUGGUGCGCUCAGCUUUGCCGAGUUCGAGCACAUUAUAGAAAAGAGCAGCGAUUUUGCUAAGAGUUUUCGCAUUCGUUUGUAAAAAAGUAUUGUUAAUGAUGAAUUCGCCACGAAAGACUGAACAUUAAUUGCCAUUUAAUUAUAAUCAUAGACACGGGCCUAUUAAAAAAGAAAAAAA